UACCUAUAAAAAUGUUGAUGAUGACAAUACGGGAUCAAAGAUAUUACUUUGUAAACUAUGAUGUUUGUGUUGUAUAACUGAGGUUUAAAGGAACUGUAGUGAACAUUAUUUAGGAGUGCAAGCGGCGUUUUGAUUAGUAAUCGCUGUUGACACCACCAACACGUAUUAGUGCAACGCUUUACGUUUUUUCCAGGAUUAUACAAUUGUCCUCCCAUGACGGUGGUAUGGUUGAGGAAAUAUGCGGCUAUUGUGUACUGUGAUGCUUCUCAGUGUUAAUUCAGAGCGGAUUGGACAAUUAUUUUCGAAUGAUUAUGAAGAAGGAGUCUCAUCAUGAAUCUCAUAAAAGUUUUGUUCAUUGCGUGAACCAGUGUGCUAUAUACAUGAAAAUAAUACAGUACAUUGCUUUCAUCGUGUAGCUUGUUUUCUGAGUGCUGUGACCAUUAUGUGAUUUUAUUGCAGCAAAUGCUGUAUAAGAAUCACCAGUGCAUUUCGUUUAACAAUGCUAUAGACCAAUGGAGGCCACUGCAGUGGGUGAAUAAGGAUACAGUCCCGUCAACUGUUCGAAAUGUGUACCAUUUCAGUGUUGAUUCUUUCUAUGUACAUAAAUAACCACUCUACUGGAAUGACCACUGUGUAAUCCCAUACACACUUAAGUCAUGACAAUGGAGAGGCGUAUAAAGUUAAAAACUCUUAACAGCCACAUUACAUGCAAGAUCUGCCGUGGUUAUUUGAUAGAUGCAACAACAGUUACGGAAUGCUUACAUACCUUCUGCAAAAGUUGUUUGGUGAAGCAUCUAGAAGAAAAUAACACAUGUCCAACAUGCAAUAUAGUAAUUCACCAGUCUCAUCCACUGCAGUAUAUCAGCUUUGAUCGAACGAUGCAAGACAUUGUGUACAAACUCGUACCAAAUUUACAAGAUAAUGAGAUAAAGAGGGAAAGAGAAUUUUAUCGUGUCAGAGGUCUUGCAUGUCCAAAAGACAUUCCACCAAAUGCUGGUGAACUGGAAGAGGAGAAGGUACCUGCUGAUGCUCAUGCAGAGUCUGAUUAUCAUCGGCAAGAUGAGCAGGUAAAUGUAUGUCUGGAGUGUGUAAGCACAAACUUAAAGACUCUGAAGCGAAGAUUCAUCAGAUGCUCAGCACAGGCAACAAUUACGCACCUCAAAAAGUUUAUUGCCAAGAAAGUCUUGAAUGGGACAGAGAAAUACAGAGAUAUUGAUAUAUUGUGCAAUGAUGAACUCUUGGGAAAAGACCAUACACUAAAAUUUGUUUAUGUGACAAGAUGGAGGUUUCGAGACCCACCCUUGAGGCUGCAAUAUAGGCCUCGUAUUGAUAUUUAAAAUGUUGAAAGAAAGUGAUUAUGAAGAGAGUUUAUUAAUUUGCAUUUCGUUCAGUGCUGUGUUAUGUUUUAUGACAGAGUGAAGAUAGUGAAAUAAGAAGACUUAAAGUUUUUUGUUUCACCAGAAAAGUCUGCUGCAUAUUUGCUGUGGUAACCUUUGAAACUUCCCUUGAUGCCUGUGAAGAGUAUUUGUUAUGUCAUCCAUGCUUUCCGUGCAGUUUUAAAUGUACAGUUUAUGAACAUGUAUAGACAACAUAUCUAUGUGAUGUUUCAGUACGGUUGCAGAAAAACUUGCAUCAUUCCUUCAUACUUUCCUGUGUAGAUGAUGAAUCUGGCAUGAUUUCUAAGUCAUAUUUAUAACUUGAAGGAUUAUUUUUGAUAAUGGAAGAGUGACUGAUAAGUUUUAGGACCAAUAUUUCAAGUCACUGAAAACAGUUCCACAUUGAGCUGUUAAACAGUAAAGUGAAAUUUAAAUGUGAUGUGAUGUAGUGAAAUUUAAAUGUGAUGUGAUUUCAGUGUGAAUAUUACCAGUCAAUUUAUGCUCUGUUCUGUUCACAUUUCCCCAAAGUCUGUAAUGCAUUUGUGUUUUACUUUGUUACAUAUGUUGAAACAGUAUUGUAACUGCAAUAAAGAAUUUCAUAUUAAGUUUGUAAAAGACUGGAAGCAACACUGAUUUAUUUGAGAGAUCAGUUGUGUGUUACUGACAGGAAUUUUUGUGUUAUGUGAUACAAAGAUAUCAAUUUGUAAU